AUGGUGUCCUGGAGCGAUGGGUCCGAUAGCAGCGAGCACACCGUGGAGUACGUCAGCUCAGGUUCUGACGACGACAGAAUUAAGAUCCCUGCUACCAUUGAAGACUCCGAUUUCGAGGGACCUGAAACGGAGUUGCUUGUUCUCUGCAAUGAACAUGGGAAGGCCGCAGAAAGGCGUGUUGCUUUCGAAGGAAUCCACACUGGCAGAAGGUUUCUUUGCUGUGUUGAGAAGGAAGGUAGAAACUGUGGAUUAGUUGAAUGGAUUGAUCCAGCUUGGCCCAACACCCUUGAGAAUGCAUUAGCCAAGUUAUGGUUUAUGUAUGAACAAAGUAGGAGAGACAGGACUGAGGAAAAUCUUUUGCAUUCAUUUGCUGUUCAUGACUUGACACAAGAGAAGAAGAAGCUGCAGGAGAGCUAUGAGAAGUUGGUUGAAGAUGUGAAUGGACUUUUGGAUGCUCAGGAAAGGAGGGCAGAGGUAGAAAGGAAAGAUCUUGAAACCAACAAGCUUCAGGAGAAGUAUGACAUGGUUAAGAACCUAGCAGCUACUCAAGCAAAUUUCAUUAGGAACAUGAAGCUCAAGCUAGCUGAAGAGAGGAAGAACUUGCAGAACCACAUUGAUGAGUUGAAGAAGACAGUUGAAGAGAGCAAUGUGAAGCUGCGGGGAGUCAAGGCCAUCAUAAAUGGAUAA